AACACACCCGGUCGUACGGCACCGAGCACUGGCAGCUAGCUGACAUGGCGAAGAUGCUCGCGCUCCUGAUGAUGACCCCGUGCGCCUUCUUCUUCUUCUUCCUCGGAGGGCCGUCGGUGGCGGCGGCUCAAUGGACACCCGCCUUCGCCACCUUCUACGGCGGCAGCGACGCCUCCGGCACCAUGGGCGGCGCGUGCGGGUACGGCAACCUGUACAACGCGGGGUACGGGACGCGGACGACGGCGCUGAGCACGGCGCUCUUCAACAACGGCGCCAUGUGCGGCGCCUGCUUCACCAUCGCCUGCGACGCCCGGCGGUCGCGCUACUGCAAGCCGGGCGCCUCCAUCACCGUCACCGCCACCAACCUCUGCCCGCCCAACUGGGCGCUGGCCGGCGACCGCGGAGGCUGGUGCAACCCGCCGCGCCGGCACUUCGACAUGUCGCAGCCGGCGUGGGAGUCCAUCGCCGUCUACCGCGCCGGGAUCGUUCCGGUGAACUACCGCCGCGUGCCGUGCCGGCGCGCCGGCGGCGUCCGGUUCACCGUCGGCGGGCGAAGCUACUUCGAGCUGGUGACGGUGGCGAACGUGGGCGGCAGCGGCGUGGUGGCGCAGGCCUGGAUCAGGGGCGCCCGGACGGACUGGAUGGCCAUGACCCGGAACUGGGGCGCCAACUGGCAGAGCAACGCCUACCUCAACGGGCAGAGCCUCUCGUUCCGCCUCCGGUCCGACGACGGCCGCAUCGUCACGGCCAACAACGUCGCCCCCCCGGGGUGGUGGUUCGGCGGCACCUACACGUCCAAUGCCCAGUUCUACUGACGACGCCCGAUUCUAUCUAUUCUUGUGAUUUUCUUGCAUGUCUCUUUUUUUUUGUCUUCUUUUUCUUGGCUCUUUAUUUUUCCUUGUCGUAAAAAUGUGCAGUAUAUUUAUGCAUUAUUAUUGCUGACAA